UUAAACAGCACGUGGUGAUGAACUCGUUGAAGCGUGCAGAGUUACUUGAUGUUGUGUUAAAUAUCGUCAACACAUUUGUGAAGGGAAACAUAUUGUAAUAUGGCUGCGUUUACGGUUGACGAUCACAUUGCAAGUCUUUUCGCAGAGUUUUGUCUCGUAACUGGAGCUACUGAAGAUGAAGCACUUGAAUAUUUACAAAAGAAAGACUGGCAAGUUGUGGAUGCAAUCAAUUUAUACUUUGACACAGUGGCAAAUCAACCUGAUGACAUGGAAGCAGCUGCAGCAAGUCUGUCUGCUAAAGAUAGCUGCGGUGGAAGCACAACUCAACAACAAGGUGAAAAGAAGAUCAAAUUAGUAACAUGGAAUAUUGAUGGUCUGGAUGAUAAAGAUCUGAUGCACCGAACCAAAGCAGUCUGUAGUACUAUAGAAAGACUAGAUCCAGAUAUUGUGUUUCUCCAGGAGGUAAUUGUUGACACUGCAUCAUACAUUGAGAAACGAUGUCAAAGGUACAAGGUGUUAAAGACAAGUAAUACUGCAUAUUUCACUGCUAUGAUGUUUAAAAAAAGCUCAGUCACAAUUCUGUCAAAUUCUGUUCAGCCAUUUGAGAAUACGACAAUGAUGAGGAUGCUACAAAAAGUUCAGGUCAAGUGUGCUGGACUUGAUCUCCUUCUCAUGAACUCUCACCUAGAGAGCACAAAAGAGAAACAUGCAGAACGGAAGGAACAGUUCAAGAUUGCACUCGAGGAAAUGGCCAAUGCUAGUAGGGAUACUGUGGUUUUGUUUGGAGGUGAUACAAACCUAAGAGACAGUGAGGUGAGCCGUAUGGGAGGCAUACCUGGAGGGAUCGUGGACCUGUGGGAACUGUUUGGUCGUCCAGAAGAUUCCAAGUAUACAUGGGAUACCCAGCAGAACAACAACCUCAAUUGGCCGUAUCCUAACAAACCAAGAAUACGUUUUGACAGGCUGUUCCUAAGGCAAGCUGAGACAGCCUCUCAAGUUUCUCUACAAACAUUCAAACUCAUUGGUAAUGAGUGGAUUGCAGCAGUUGAUCGCUUUCCGAGCGACCACUUUGGGAUUUUCUGUGACUUCAAAGUCAAUUAAGAUGCUGUGAAGAAAAUUUAUGUCCUCUUUGCCAAUCCAAGCACAAAUCCAAACAGUUGGUGGAGUGGUUGUGUUUGUGUUCUCAAUCUUGAGGUCGGGGUGUGAGCUUCUUGCUGUAUAUUUCGCUUAUGUCCUUAAGCAAGGCAAUUUAAAAAUAUUUUUGUCGCUUUCACCUAGGAAUAUAAACAGAUACCUGUGACAGUGAAUGUAUUUGCCCAAUGGAGGACAGGCAUACUUCCCAGGUAGUGGAAGAGGUUGCACUUUGUGCCAUUUCGAGAAUACAGUGCAGUAUUCAAUGACCAGGGCCUAUAACAACAUUUCCAGCACCUGGUAUACACCCUUAGCAAAAGGUGGUAUAUAUAUUGUUAUAUACCUCAUACAUAGAUUCUAGGCAUCUGAUUGGUUAAAAAGUAGGCAAUAGAAAGCAUUAUUCCCUGAAAAAUAGUACUUUUUUGACCUGUCGCGUGGUGCUAACUGUAGGCCCCACCUUUGCGCUGAUGGUAGAGGGGACUGUGACCUCUACGACGAAAGAGAUUGGCCCUUGAUCGCGCCACAGAUCAACAAGUAGACGAUAAACAAUAAUUAUGGAGGAUGUCGGUUCAAUCUCCUGGAUGAAGAAGGACUAGCCUAGGCCUAGCAAUACUUCCUGAUGAAGCCGAUAGCAAAAACACCAAAAGACAAAUUAAAUAUGUCUUGUCAGUAGUCGACAAAUAUUGCAAGACGAUGGAUUGAAAUUGAGGAAAUGAGCAAAGAAGAGCUAGACACACUCUUUGAUCAAUUAGGCCCUAGUUAGUAGGCCUCUAGGCUAGGAAGUAAGUACUUUUUAGGCCUCGUAGAAUCUAUGUAUGAGGUAUAUUAAACAAAUAUUGACUGCUCUAGAUUCGGGGAGCGGUGAAAUCUAUUACCCCGAGGUGAUGUGGAGACCGUAGCCUAUCUUCCCUCAGGCCUAUUGUCCCGAGGUGACUCCACAUCACAUCAGGGAUAUAGAUUUCACCAUUCGCCUCAUGAGCAGUCAAUAUUUGUAUACAAUAUUAUUAUGUAACAGGCUUCAAUGAAACAGCCAGUAAAACGUUAGACAAGUUAGUACUUGUGUUGACUUGGUCGCACAAUGGAAAAUAAAUUGUUGCCAAUUAUCAUAUACAGUAAAUUUCAUUUGUAUCAG